AUGAUGUUUGACACUCUCGCAACGUCCACGCACCGAGUGUGGACGGGCUUUGGUGACUCUGAAGAGAGCUUUUAUCCCCCUUCCAUUGUACCAUUUCAGGGUUGCGGCCAGGGCAACGGAGCGGGCCCGCCCAUUUGGGUCUCCGUUAGCUCCAUCAUCAUCCAGAUGAUGACCGCGAUGGGCUUCGGCUUCGAAUGCCUCACUGCAAUUGAUUCUCAACUGAUCACCGCUCAGUGCUUCUGCUUUGUCGACGACACGGAUGUGAUCAAAGCGGGCAAGUCCGUGGAACAAUCGGGCGAGGAUAUAUGCCACUCCGUCCAACAAGCGGCUUCCACGUGGGCUGGAGGCAUUAGUGGUGGUUGA